UGUCACAUUUUGUUAAAAGACUUCUUUCUUCUCUACAUUUUUUUCUGCAAAAGAAAACAAUGUGAGGCAUCGGCUCACUGAGAAUCUGAAUGAUUGACUCCACAAAAGCUUGUGCUUUUUUUUUUUGUAGGAUGCCACCACAAAGGUGUACUUGUUAGGACAAGGAGGAAAAACUGUGAUGAUAACCAUAGAACGACGGCUAUGUUGACCGUAAAAGGAAUAAAAGAGGAAGACAAAUGUCAACAAUGUUAAAGGUUAGAUGGUGUGAUGAUAACCAUAAAACAGGAAAUGGAAGAGCCUACAACAACAGAAAAGCACCCUUAAGAUACCCCUUCAUUAUCAGGUGUCUUCAAAGGGGAGCAGCGUUGGCUGGGAAACAUGCUGGUGUGUGGAGAGGUGCUACCUCGCUCCAAGAAAAGACAAGACCAAGUGAUCUUAGAGAGGAGGAAAAUACUUUCCACUUAAGACCUUGUUGCGUUGUCUGGAGAACAUUGCAAAGUGGGGAGGAGUGAGUGGAGAGCUGGAGGACAAAGGGGGAAGGCCACUUCAAGACAACAGCACACAUCUGUGGAAUGGUAAUGUUGAUUCUGGAGGCCUCACAGAGGGCUGGCUGGCUGCUGCAGGCCGGGAAACAUCACUAGCACUAGGGCCAUGUGGGACCUCGCCUUAAGAAGAAGAAAAAAAAAAAGAAAAAAAAAAACUUUGGAGAUUUUUUUCACAGCUCAUUGUAAGCAAUCAGGAAACUUGCAGGAGAGUGGAGUGGAGUGCAGUGCACAGGAACUGACAGGCCAACCAGCCGACGCUAAACAGAGCACCACAUCUUUAGGUAGCACUGGAUUCACCGUCUUAUUGCUGUCUAAGGAAGAACUACAGAUGCACCCGAGCAGAAUCCCUGCAUCACUUCAAGUCAACCAACAGGCGAACUCCAGGGGAUGUUUUUUUUGACAGAGCUUCAGGUGUUUUGACUUGGAAGAAGCUUUUUCAGGGGGAGUCAUUAUGUUGCCUGUCAUUGUGGUUAGUUUCGUGUUCAUGCUAGCCGGAUCAGGACAAGCCCAGCGCUCGACCCAGAGUCGUCGGACCCCAAGGCGGGAUGGCUCGGCUACUCCGUGGAGGCAGGUGAUCCAGUGGGAGAACAACGGCCGUGUGUUCAGCCUGCUCAAUAGUGGAUCUGAAUAUGUUCCAGCUGGGACCGCCGCCCAGGACCGUGAUCACACGAUAGUGGUGGCCGACACUCGCCCUCAGUCGCCCCGUAGGACUCAAGGGGGAAACGUGCGCAGGCAAGCGCCCUCGAGGGGAUCCUCGGAGACGAUCCGAGGGCAGGCCAGGCAUCCUUUCGGUUUUGGGCAAGUGCCUGAAAACUGGAGACGAACCGCAGGGGCAACAGGUGGAACCUCCUUUCAGGGAUCCUCCGGUACCCGAGUAAGGCAAUCCACAUCCUCAUCAUCUUCGUAUCCAUCAUCUCCAUACAACAUCCCAUCAUAUCCUCAGUAUCCCAUCCCUCAGCAGCCUGUCUACCAACCAGUACCGUUUGACCCCGGUUAUGUAGAGGAACCAUACCGGAGUUACGAGCCGCCCUUUCAGCCAGUUCCUGGUGGCAGUUACGGCGGUGGAGCAUAUGCCGGCGGAUUGGGGUACACUGGAGGGGGUUACACAGGUGGCACCCCUGUAUUCCCAGGAGGUGCCGCCAUACUCCCAGGUGGAGCUCCAGUUCUCCCAGGUUCUCCCUCUGAAUUCACAGAUGACAGCUACCAAUUCUAUCAAUCUUAUGGUUAUGGAUCCAACCCUGCUGCGGCGCCCCGUCCUGCACAACCGCCCUUCUCAGACGGCCUUGAUCGCAGAUACACUCACAGUCUCUAUAACGAGGAGUCCGCCGCCGCCGCCGCCGCCUCUGUACCAGACGCCACCGUAGACCUGUCUGGACCAGGUGCCGGUCAACUACCCGUACACAGCCCUCAGUAUGAGCAGUUCCCACCAUUUGGAAGACCCCAGCCACCCUUCUUUCAGCCCAUCCCAUCUGGAAGAAACUCUCCCAACUCUGCGAUCGAGCAAAGCAACGUCGGGAGCGUGUACCAACAAGAUAGAGGAGGUUUACCAGACCUGGUGCCCGAUCCAAACUACGUCCAGGCUUCUACAUACAUCCAGAGAGCUCGCAUGUACUCACUUCGCUGUGCUGCUGAGGAGAAAUGCCUUUCAAGCUCCGCCUAUGACCCAGAGACCAAGGACUAUGACACGCGAGUCCUGCUGCGCUUCCCACAGAGGGUGAAGAACAGGGGGGCUGCUGACUUCAUGCCCAACAGGCCACAUCAUACCUGGGAGUGGCACAGCUGUCACCAGCACUAUCACAGUAUGGAUGAGUUCAGCCACUAUGACCUGUUAGAGGUCAGCUCAGGACGCAAGGUCGCAGAAGGACACAAGGCCAGUUUUUGUCUGGAGGACACCACAUGCGACUUUGGACAUCUGAAACGCUACGCAUGUAGCUCACAUACUCAGGGUCUGAGCCCAGGCUGCUAUGAUACUUACAAUGCUGAUAUUGACUGCCAAUGGAUCGAUAUCACAGACAUCCAGCCUGGAAACUACAUACUGAAGCUCCAGGUCAACCCCAAAUUCCUGGUGAUGGAAUCAGAUUUCACCAACAACGUGGUCAGGUGUAACAUUCACUACACGGGACGCUUUGUGACAACCACCAAAUGCAAGAUAACACAGUCUUGAUCAAGCACUGGAAGACCAACUAACCACACUAGAGUGACCCGGACUGCUCUUCCACUGGAAUGUGCAUGGAACUCGCUGGCUCACAAUAGUUGUUAUGUUUGUCUUUUGCAAAAAAAAUUUUAUUGCGCUGUUUUACAUUCCCACGUGGUGAAAGAAGUGGGAUCCACUGGCACUGAUGCAAUUGGGAUUAGGGGUUAUAACGUGAACGCAUCGUAUCGUCAAAUGCAUUUUGUGUGCUGUUAUUUCCAACAAAAAAAAAAAUGAAUGAACUGCACAGUCAUAUUGUUUCUUUCUAAAGCGGCAUCGCCAACUACUGGCCUGGCAUGCAUAUUACAGUGCUUUCACUCCUUUUUGGGAAGGCUGUGUGAAUGUUUGACAAGCUUUCAAAAAGCCCAAAGUAAAAAUGUUCCCUUCAUCGUUAUUGUGUGAACAUCCCAUUUUUUUUAAAAUAGAAACUCAACUCAAGGUGCUCUCUUGUAAACCAGGCUCAUUAUUAUUAUUAUUCUAAUUAUGAAAGUAUGUAAGCUGUACCUUUACACUGUCUUCUUCAACUACCAACACUGGUCAGAUGGCACAUACGUCAUCUAUGCCUUUUUUUUGAAGAAUGUAUAAGCAAAUAUUCCACUGACGCAUGAUGAAUUACUUUAGUUUGAACUGUUUUUUUUUUUUUUUUGCCUGUUGUAAUGUCAUUUGUGAAGUCGCGCUAAUCUGUGUGUAUUAUUUUAUUGGUUAUCAGAAUUGAUGUGCUGUUGGGGCUGAAAUGAAAUAAACGCAGAAUACCAAACACAGAUGUGCACCUACCUCUCCAAAUGACGAUUUAGACGAUUUAAUAUGUACAAUGUAAAGUGUUCUGCUUUUACAAAAAUAAUAAUGCUCAUUUUUUAGACCUAA